CAACACACAACGCCUCCGAACUGAGGCUCGAGCUGCAAGAACACUAUGCCACAUGCGGUAGCUUCUGUCUAUCAAGAGUCAUCGCAAUUUCAACGCUGGCAUUUUGAGCCUGAAGAACUGACUCAAAAAAGGCAAGCGGUCAAUCUAGCUGCCAUUGAUACUUGCACGACCAAUCUAGCAUUGGAAACUGAGUUGUCUGGAAAGCAGCCAGCUAAGCCUGCGGACUUCCCUAACUGGGAAGAAGAGCUGCUCCAUGUCAACUUUUACGCUCGGAAGCUCUCCGAUACGGCUGAUGUUUUUGACCUUCCGCCACAUCUCAGGGCCACAGCAGCACAAUAUUUGAAGCGUUUCUACCUCAUGCGCUCGGUACUGCAGUAUCAUCCAAAGUCUAUUAUGAUCACAUGCUUAUUCUUGGCGACGAAGACAUGUGAGCACUAUGUUCCGCUCGACACAUUUGCUACAAAGCUCAAGACGAGCAAAGAGGCUAUCAUUCAGCAUGAAUUCGAGAUAUCAAGCACGAUUCUCUUUGAUUAUGUUCAUUGGUCAGCCUACAGACCUUUGCAUGGCUUUGUGCUCGACAUGGAACGCUUUUGCGCCGAAGAACCAAAGAUAUUUGAGCUAAAGGCAAUUAGCCAGGCACACUCAGCUGCGAAAGCGUUGAUCAGCUCAUGUCUCUGGUCAGACUUGCCAUUCCUACACGCUCCUUCGCACCUUGCACUAGCAGCCCUGCUGGCUGUAGCAGAAGAAUUAGUCACAGGAUACCUUGCAGCUAAAGGACUCGAGUCCUUGCAAGAUAAUCUGCACGACAUUCGCAGAGCACUGCUCGAGACUUCAGCCACAGCGGCCGACCUUGCUGCAGUCAAAGCAGUCGACAAGAAGAUUUAUUAUAGCAGCGAUCCAGGGAUGAAGGCAGACUCUGCUCUGACAACGAAGCGACAAGCCGAGGAAGCGUCCGCAGGCCAGGCAAAGCGGCGAUCCAAGGACGAAGCAGCCAAGCAAGCCCAGGAUGACUUUGGCGAAGCUUUUGCAUAA